AUCAACCAUGGUAGUAGUAAAGUUGUUGGGCGGUUUCUUUGGUUUUGAAGGCAAAAACAUGUUAACUAACUAUAAUAACUCCAACGUCUUGUAAGCUCCGCCUUCACUAAAUCUAACUAUAUAUCCACUAACUGCAAAUGCUAAGUUUCAUUCACCAUUCCCUUAUUCUUCUUCGCAACCCUUCUUCUUCUUCUUCUUCUUCUUCUUCGCUCUCUGCAAUGUCUUCCUCUCUCACUACUCUUCCUUCCACUCCCUUCUUCGCCACUACUACAAAUGGAACACCUCGAAGCCUCGCUUUCAAAACCAAUUUCCAUCGAUCUAGGGUUUUCAUGAGCGUCUCCACCAGAUCUCAGGCUUCCGUCAACGAUGCUUCGUUCGCUGAUUACAAAGCCUCCACUGCUUUUCUCUUCCCUGGUCAGGGUGCACAAGCAGUUGGAAUGGGAAAAGAAGCUCAGAAUGUGCCUGCUGCUUCAGUUUUGUACAAGAAAGCUAAUGAGAUAUUGGGGUUUGAUCUUCUUGAUAUAUGUAUCAAUGGGCCAAAAGAAAAGCUAAAUUCAACCGUUAUUAGCCAGCCUGCUAUUUAUGUCACAAGUCUUGCUGCUGUAGAGCUACUUCGUGUGCGCGAGGGAGGUCAGCAGAUUAUUGACUCUGUUGAUGUUACAUGUGGUUUAAGCCUGGGAGAAUAUACUGCUCUGGCUUUUGCUGGGGCUUUCAGCUUUGAAGAUGGACUCAAGUUGGUCAAACUGAGAGGUGCAGCCAUGCAGGAUGCUGCCGAUGCUGCUAAAAGUGCCAUGGUUAGUGUGAUAGGACUGGACUCAGACAAGGUCCAACAAUUGUGUGAUGCAGCCAAUCAGGAAGUUCCUGAAGCUGAGAAGGUUCAGAUUGCCAAUUACCUAUGUCCAGGAAACUAUGCUGUCUCUGGAGGCAUAAAAGGAGUAGAAGUGCUGGAAUCAAAAGCAAAAUCUUUCAAGGCUCGAAUGACUGUGCGCCUAGCUGUUGCUGGUGCUUUCCACACUAGUUUUAUGGAACCAGCUGUGUCAAGAUUGGAAGCAGCAUUGGCAGCAACAGAAAUCAGAACCCCAAGAAUACCAGUCAUUUCCAAUGUGGAUGUACAGCCGCAUGCAGAUCCUGACACAAUAAAGAAGACAUUGGCACGUCAGGUUACUUCACCUGUUCAAUGGGAAACAACAGUGAAGACUCUUCUAACCAAGGGACUGAAUAAAAGCUAUGAACUGGGACCCGGAAAGGUUAUUGCUGGAAUUGUCAAAAGAAUGGACAAAGGUGCUGAUAUUGAAAAUAUAGGUGCUUGAGAAGGCAGUGGGACCUUGUUCAUUCUGUGGCUUCCAAUGAUCAAACAACUAAUAUAUAACAUUUUUUUCAUGAGAAA